GAUUAUUCGGUUUGAAACUAGGAUAUGCUGCCUGGCCUGCUUCUUCUUCCAGAAUUUCCGUGAAAGAAACCAUGGUGGCGUUGCAAACCAAAACCACCACUUGCGCCGCCGCAACACCGCUUCCGCUCCGGCGGUCUCCAACUCCCUUCACCUCCAAUGCGUCCUUCCAACUCUCACAAAAACCUCCUCGUUUCGUAGUCUCUGCUGUUGUUAAGAAAAGCCCUAAACGCCUCAAGUACUCUGUCCCUCGUCUUCCCAAGGAGGAUGGAUUGCUCUAUAUUGAAGUUGAUCCAGAAGGAUCAGACACAUGGAAAUUGGAUUCGGCUGUUGAACUUCUUAAAAGUGGAGCAGUUGGGGUGAUUCCAACCGACACUGUGUAUGCAAUGGUCUGUGAUAUGAAUAACCAUGAUGCCAUUGAACGUCUUCGAAGACUUAAAGAAGUAGAAACAUCCAAGCCAUUUAGCAUUUUGUGUCGUUCCCUACAUGACAUAGACACAUAUACAACUGGAUUUCCUCGUGGGAACAGUAAUGGCCUUUCAGACUAUUUUCGGGCUGUAAAGCAUUGUGUGCCUGGACCUUACACUUUCAUCUUAACUGCAAGCAAAGCUUUACCUAAACAAUGUGUAAAAUAUGGGCCCGCCAUUCCCAAAUACGCAUCUAGAAAAAGUUUGGGUGUCCGUAUACCUGACGAUGUUGUAUGCCAAGCUGUAUUGGAGAAGAUGGGCGCACCUCUAAUUUCCACAAGUGUCAGGUCACCCCAGGAAAAUCAAUGGAUAAUCGAUCCGGUUCUAAUAGCUGAUACAUACGGACCUGAGGGACUUAAUUUUGUCAUCGAUGCGGGUGUUAGAUUGGCUAACCCAUCUACUGUAGUGGACAUGCUUCAGAUUCCCCCAACAAUUAUUCGUCAAGGAAAGGGUUCUAAACAACCAUGGAUGGCUGAUCCAAAUGAUGCUGUCGAAGAAAAAGAUCAAGAGGGUUAGUUACAUCUGCUGCAUAGCUAACAGUUAACACCGUGUUAUAGUUGUAAAGGUUUGAAGUUUGGAAUCACUACCAUGCGUUGACAUCUCAGCUUUUGAUAGGCCACAAAUCAAUCAUAUUGUUGAUGUUGGUCACUUGUAUAUUCAGUCUUUUAAUUUCAAAUUGCAAAAUGUUCUCAUUGCUCAAAACUGUUCCUGGACCUAAACAUUGUGCUGUGGCUCAAUCAUGGCUCGCCUACAAUGUAAAUGAUGAUGGCCCUUUAAUGUUAGGGGUGUUCAUGA